CCAUUGUCCGGGCUCAAUUGGGCAGAGCGGCCGAACCCAUACGUGUGAGUGCCAUGGCAACCAGACGAUGGACGGACGAAGGUUUCUUUAUUUUUGUUUUGUUUUCGAGGAACCAGUUGUGGACAGAGAGGAACACAUCGGCACACAACACCACGGAGCAGGGUUUGGGAUGCAGUACACUCUCUUCCAGAGACUUGUUUUUGUCGUGGCAAACAUGAGUCUCCAACACUCCGGUGAUGGGGGGAGGGCGGGGUCAAACUCGCCUGAACCAGACCAGCCCGCAGUUCCUAUUGCUGUGUCUCAGUUGAUAACCGUGGAGGGCCCGGCACGGCGCAAGAAGCCAAAACUGGCAGUGAUCCAGCCGUGGUUUCAAUUACACGGCGCGUGUUGAUCUCAACAGCCAUCCGUUGCCUUGGACAAUCAACCAAAGGCCACCUCGAAUGUUCCGCUACACGAAGCCACGGCCUGCCCUUCCCGCUGUGGCGUUCGAUCUGAGGACGACGGACUAGAUGGCUCUGCCCUUGUCUCGCUCCACCGGGGGCGCGAACGCGUGGGCCUCGCUCGUCUCCAUGUCCUUCAUUCCUUUACCCCCCCGGGCCCGGAUCCUAGCUGAGUCCACCCCCAAAUGCAAGGCGUCUCGCUACCCGGCGGAGGUGCGACGGGCGCGGACCGGGCGGACAUGCGUUCGGUUCUUCGCCAUUUGCCGUCACAUAGCGCCGACUGAACGAAGCGAGAAAGAAGCGAGGCGAGUCAUCCCCGUACAUAUAACUUCCUCGUCUCGACCGCCGUAACCAAUUCCUUCUUCAUCCUCAUCCUCAUCCUUCUCCCCCAUCUCCCUCUCUCUCCCGCCACAGUCUUUUCAUAGCAACUAUGGCGCCCUCAGCGACUGAGAACGCCGCUGCCCAGCUGUCGGGCAGUUACGAUGCGGCCCGGCCCUUUGUCGGCAAGGUCGCCCUGAUCACCGGCUCCGGCCGCGGUAUCGGCCGCGGCAUCGCCCUCGAACUCGGCAAGCGCGGCGCCAACGUCGUCGUCAACUACGCCUCGUCCGCCUCCGCCGCCGAGGAGGUCGUCGCCGAGAUCCAGAAGCACGGCUCCAAGGCCGUCGCCCUCAAGGCCGACAUCAGCAAGCCCGCCCAGGUCGUCGACCUCUUCGACCGCGCCGUCGCCCACUUCGGCCGCAUGGACUUCGUCAUCUCCAACUCGGGCAAGGAGGUCUGGUGCCCCGAGGAGGAAGUCACCGAGGAGCUCUUCCAGAACAUCUUCGAUCUCAACACCCGCGGCCAGUUCUUUGUCGCCCAGCAGGGCCUCAAGCACUGCGGACGCGGCGGCCGCAUCCUCCUGACCUCCUCCAUCGCCGCCCAGAUGGGCGGCAUCCCCAACCACGCCCUGUACGCCGGCUCCAAGGCCGCUGUUGAGGGCUUCACCCGCGCCUUCGCCGUCGACUGCGGCGCCAAGGGCAUCACUGUCAACGCCAUCGCCCCCGGCGGUGUCAAGACCGACAUGUACGACGAGAACUCGUGGCACUACGUCCCCAACGGCUACAAGGGCAUGCCCAUCGAGAUCAUCGACCAGGGCCUCGCCAACAUGAACCCCCUUAAGCGUGUCGGUGUUCCAGCCGACGUCGGCAAGGUUGUUGCCUCCCUCUGCCACUCCGACUGCGAGUGGAUCAACGGCCAAGUCAUCAAGGUCACUGGUGGCGGCACAUAAGUGCGACAGUGCCAUAAACUCAUACGCAGUCCUGUCCGCGCGGGGCUGUAGCGUGACACCUUAAUGAAUUGGAUCGCGUGGUGCGCCGGACGCCCGCGAUCCUCGGGACUGGGACUGGUCGGUAAUGUGGGAGCUGAAGAGGGGGACACCUAACAUAGCUUAUAUCUAGGACAGGCGUACAUAGACAUGAAUCCAAUGGAGCUU